AUGGAACUAAAAUUUGUCAGAGGCACAGUCUUUGCCUUUCUCAUUGGCUUGGGCACUGUGGGGAACAUCUUUGUUUUUGUGAGCUAUGCACUCAUGUCGGCAGGCACUGACAGGAAAUGUAUGCAUCUUAUUCUCAUCCAUUUGUCUUUCACACACAUCAUAAUGCUUCCCUGCCAAGGCCUGCCAAAGAUAGUAGCAGCAUUUGUCUUGAGAAACUUCCUAAAUGACACAGGCUGUAAAGUCGUUGUUUACCUGCAGAGGGUGGCUCGGGGCCUCUCCAUCUGCACCAGCAGUCUCCUCACAGUGGUCCAGGCCAUCACCAUGAGUCCCAGACACUCAGGGUGGAGGAGGCUCCAGCCCAGGACAGCAUGGGUCUUCCUCCCUCUGCUUCUCUUCUUCUGGAUUCUCAAUUCCACAAUAGGCAUGAACUUACUUCAUUACGUCAAGAAAACCAACACGUCAAAGUUCACUAGCAAUAAUGAGAGAUGUGAUUUUCAACCCAAAAAUCCCCAAAUAAGAUGGCUUUUUCUCAUACUCAUGGUCCUACGGGAUGCUGUGUUUCAGGGUCUCAUGGGUGGGGCCAGUGUCUACAUAGUGCUUGUGCUGCACAAGCACCACCAGUGUGUUCUCCGCCUGCAGAGCUCCAAGCUCCUCUACACAGCACCCCCUGAGAUCAAAGCUGCUCAGAGUGUUCUCUUUCUGAUGCUCUGUUUCAUUUUAUCCUAUUGGAUAGAAUGUAUAUUAUCUCUAUUUUUAAACUCCUUGUUGGAGAAUAAUGCCAUAGUAUUUAAUAUUCGAGAACUUCUGACUAUGAGCUAUCCCAUUCUCAGCCCAUUCUUGCUGAUUCACAGAGACGGACAUCUGCGUGGAUGUGGGAGAGGCCAGUAG